AUGGCUGCGCCCUUACUUGCACCUCCAGGUCCCGACAGCUUUAAGAGGUUCACCCGGGAGUCGUUGGCCAACAUCGAGAAGCGCAUCGCUGAAGAGAAGAAGAAAAAGCCCGUUAAGCCCCGGUCCGACAGCAGUCAUCGUGACGAUGACGAUGACAACAAACCCAAGCCCAACAGUGACCUGGAGGCCGGUAAGAGCCUGCCCUUUAUUUACGGAGACGUCCCAGGAAACAUGGUCGCUGAACCACUGGAAGACCUGGACCCCUUUUACAUGAACAAGAAAACGUUUAUAGUGCUAAACAAAGGGAAAACAAUCUUCCGCUUCAGUGCCACACCCUCCUUGUAUAUCAUUAGCCCUUUUAACUUGUUAAGGCGAAUAGCUAUUAAAAUUUUGAUACAUUCAGUUUUCAGCAUGAUCAUUAUGUGUACAAUUCUGACCAACUGUGUGUUCAUGACAUUCAGCAAUCCACCAGAGUGGUCCAAACAAGUGGAGUAUACCUUCACAGGGAUCUACACUUUUGAGUCUCUCACCAAGAUUGUGGCCAGGGGCUUCUGCAUAGAUGACUUCACCUUCCUCAGAGACCCCUGGAACUGGCUGGACUUCAUGGUUAUCUCUAUGGCGUAUAUAACAGAAUUUGUAAACCUAGGCAAUGUCUCAGCCCUGCGCACGUUUAGGGUUCUGAGGGCUUUGAAAACUGUUGCUGUUAUCCCAGGGCUGAAGACCAUUGUGGGGGCUCUGAUCCAGUCGGUGAAGAAGCUGAGUGAUGUCAUGAUCCUGACCGUGUUCUGUCUCAGCGUGUUCGCUCUGAUCGGGCUUCAGCUCUUCAUGGGAAACCUACGACAGAAGUGCGUUAUCUGGCCAAUCAGCAACCAAACAGAGAUUUAUCUGGCCAAUGGGAGUAAGGGCUUCGACUGGAACGAGUACAUCAUGAAUGACACAAACUUCUACUUCGUGCCCGGGCAGCUGGAUGCUCUCCUGUGUGGGAACAGCUCAGAUUCCGGGAGGUGUCCAGAGGGCUACACGUGUAUGAAGGCUGGUCGUAACCCUAACUAUGGCUACACCAGCUUUGACUCUUUUGGCUGGGCCUUUCUCGCCCUCUUCCGACUGAUGACACAGGACUUUUGGGAGAACCUCUACCAGCUGACCCUGCGUGCAGCUGGAAAGACCUACAUGAUUUUCUUUGUGUUGGUGAUCUUUGUGGGGUCGUUCUACCUGGUCAACCUCAUCCUGGCUGUGGUUGCCAUGGCCUACGAGGAGCAGAACCAGGCAACCAUUGAGGAGGCGGAGCAAAAGGAGGCGGAGUUCAAAGCUAUGUUAGAACAGCUGAAGAAACAACAGGAGGAGACACAGGCCAACGCCAUGGCUACGUCAGCUGGCACGGUGUCUGAGGAUGCUGUGGAGGAUGACGGGGGCGGCCAUCUGUCCCGCAGUUCGUCUGAGGUUUCCAAACUCAGCUCCAAAAGCGCCAAGGAGCGUCGGAACCGGAAGAAGAAGUGGCGUCAGAAGGAGCAGGAGAAGGAGAAGGGAGACAGUGAGAAGGUCGUCAAAUCAGACUCAGACGACGGCAGCAAGAGGAGCCGCUUCCGUUUCCCCGACAACCGCCUGGGCAGGAAGCCGUCAAUCAUGAACCAGUCUCUGCUGAGCAUCCCCGGCUCCCCCUUCAUGUCCCGACACAACAGUCGCAGCAGCAUCUUCAGCUUCAAGGGUCGCUCCAAGGACGUGGGCUCUGAGAACGAGUUUGCGGACGAUGAACACAGCACGGUGGAGGAAAGCGAGGACCGCAGGGGUUCGCUCUUCAUCCCCUACCGCCGGAACAGCUACAGCGGCUACAGCCAAGGCUCCUCCCGCAUCAACCCGCUGGCGCCACACACGGGCGGCAAGAGGAACAGCACGGUGGACUGCAACGGCGUGGUGUCUCUGAUCGGACCGGGUCCGGGUCCGGGCCGGCUACUGCCUGAGACGACGGGGGUGGAUGUGAAGAGGAAACACUCCGGCUCUCUGAUGGUGUCUGUUGAUCAGCUCAACACCUCGUUUGGGCGAAAAGACAGAGCCAACAGCGUGAUGACGGUCAUCACCAACACACUGGUGGAGGAGCUGGAGGAAUCCCAGCGGAAAUGCCCACCCUGCUGGUAUAAAUUUGCCAACACGUUCCUGAUCUGGGAAUGCUGUCCGCUGUGGCUGAAGAUUAAGGAGAUAGUGAAUCUGAUCGUCAUGGACCCAUUUGUGGACUUGGCCAUCACCAUCUGCAUUGUGCUCAACACCGUGUUCAUGGCCAUGGAACAUUAUCCCAUGACACAGCACUUUGAGGAGGUUUUGUCUGUGGGAAACCUGGUCUUUACAGGGAUCUUCACAGCUGAGAUGUUUGCCAAGCUGAUUGCUAUGGAUCCAUAUUACUACUUUCAGGAGGGCUGGAACAUCUUUGACGGUUUUAUCGUUAGUCUCAGUUUGGUGGAGCUGGGACUUGCUGAUGUGGAGGGUCUGUCUGUACUCAGGUCAUUCAGAUUGUUGAGGGUGUUUAAACUGGCGAAGUCGUGGCCCACUCUGAACAUGCUAAUUAAGAUCAUUGGUAACUCAGUGGGAGCUCUGGGAAACCUGACCCUGGUGUUGGCCAUCAUUGUCUUCAUCUUCGCCGUGGUGGGGAUGCAGCUGUUUGGGAAGAACUAUAAAGACUGUGUGUGUAAGAUCGCUCAGGACUGCGAGCUGCCUCGCUGGCACAUGAACGAUUUUUUCCACUCGUUUCUUAUUGUGUUUCGAGUUCUGUGCGGAGAGUGGAUCGAGACCAUGUGGGACUGUAUGGAGGUGGCUGGACAGACCAUGUGUCUCACCGUCUUCAUGAUGGUCAUGGUCAUUGGAAACCUGGUGGUGUUGAACCUGUUUCUGGCCUUGCUCCUCAGCUCGUUCAGUGCUGAUAAUCUGGCUGCCACAGAUGAUGAUGGUGAGAUGAAUAAUCUGCAGAUAUCGGUCAUUCGCAUAAAGAAAGGCAUUGCCUGGCUGAAGGCACACGUGCGCAUUCUGGUGGCGACCGUACUGAAGAAGAAACCGCUGGAGGACGAGGACAAGCCGCUCGACGACAUGUAUGAUGACAAACUCAAGUGCAUCGCCAACCACACGGGCGUGGACAUUAACCGCGGGGAGCUGGACUACCAGAAAAACGGGAACGGGACGACCAGCGGGAUCGGCAGCAGCGUGGGGAAGUACAUGAUCGACGAGGACCGCAUGUCCUUUAUCCACAACCCUAACCUGACCGUCCGCGUUCCCAUCGCUGUCGGAGAAUCUGACUUCGAGAACCUCAACACGGAGGAUUUCAGCAGCGAGUCGGACGUGGAGAACAGCAAAGACGUACGUUUGGAUGACACCAGUUCGUCAGAGGGCAGCACUAUAGACAUCAAACCUGAUGAGGAGGAGGUGGCUGUGGUGGAGGUGGUAGAAGAAUAUGUGGACCCAGAGCCCUGCUGGACAGAUGCCUGCAUUGCCCGAUACAAGUGCUGUGAUGUGCCUAUAACGGAGGGCUGGGGAAAAUACUGGUGGUUCCUGAGGAAGACCUGCUACCUCAUCGUAGAACACAACUGGUUUGAAACCCUCAUCAUUUUUAUGAUCCUGCUCAGCUCAGGGGCUCUGGCAUUUGAGGAUGUGUACAUUGAGCAGAGGAAGACGAUUCAGAUCAUUCUAGAAUAUGCAGACAGAGUCUUCACCUACAUCUUUAUCCUGGAAAUGCUGCUGAAAUGGGUGGCCUAUGGCUUCGUUAAAUAUUUCACCAAUGCCUGGUGCUGGCUCGACUUCUUCAUUGUGGAUGUGUCUAUAGUCAGCCUUAUAGCUAAUGCGCUGGGUUACUCAGACUUGGGCCCCAUUAAGUCCUUGAGGACUUUGCGGGCGCUGAGACCUCUGAGGGCCCUGUCCCGGUUUGAGGGCAUGAGGGUUGUGGUGAAUGCUCUGGUGGGAGCCAUCCCCUCCAUCAUGAAUGUGUUACUGGUCUGUCUGAUCUUUUGGCUGAUCUUCAGUAUCAUGGGCGUCAACCUGUUUGCUGGGAAGUAUUACUACUGCUACAACGAGACCGCUGAGGAGAACUUCGAACAGGAUGUUGUCAACAACAAGACGGAAUGUUUCGCUCUGAUAAAUGCAAACCACACCGAGGUCCGCUGGAAGAACGUGAAGAUUAACUUUGACAACGUGGGCGCUGGAUACCUGGCCCUCCUGCAAGUGGCCACUUUUAAAGGUUGGAUGGACAUCAUGUAUGCUGCAGUGGACUCUAGGAAGGUGGAGGACCAGCCUGUAUAUGAAGACAACAUCUACAUGUACAUCUAUUUUGUCAUCUUCAUCAUCUUCGGCUCAUUCUUCACUCUCAACCUCUUUAUCGGUGUCAUCAUCGACAACUUCAACCAGCAGAAAAAAAAGUUUGGAGGUCAGGAUAUCUUCAUGACAGAAGAACAGAAGAAAUACUACAACGCCAUGAAAAAACUGGGCUCCAAAAAACCACAAAAGCCUAUACCCAGACCCCUGAAUAAAGUCCAGGGAAUGGUGUUUGACUUCGUCACGCAACAGGCCUUUGACAUCUCCAUCAUGAUGCUGAUCUGCCUCAACAUGGUCACGAUGAUGGUGGAAACAGACGACCAGUCCCAGGAGAUGGAGAACAUUCUCUACUGGAUUAAUUUCAUCUUCAUCGUGGCCUUCACUGGCGAGUUUGUGCUGAAACUCUUUGCACUCCGACACUAUUAUUUCACCAACGGCUGGAACAUCUUUGACUGUGUUGUGGUCAUCCUCUCCAUUGUUGGCAUGUUCCUCGCAGAUCUGAUUGAGAAAUACUUUGUGUCACCCACUCUAUUCAGGGUGAUCCGACUGGCUCGAAUCGGCCGCAUUCUGCGACUCAUCAAAGGAGCAAAGGGGAUCCGGACCUUACUGUUUGCCUUGAUGAUGUCACUUCCUGCCUUGUUUAACAUUGGCUUGCUGCUCUUCCUGGUCAUGUUCAUCUUCUCCAUCUUUGGCAUGUCCAACUUUGCCUAUGUGAAGCGUGAGGUGGGAAUUGACGACAUGUACAAUUUUGAGACGUUUGGCAACAGCAUGAUCUGUCUUUUCAUGAUCACCACGUCAGCCGGCUGGGACGGCUUACUGGCACCCAUCCUCAACUACCCGCCCGACUGCAACCCGGAUAAGGAGAAUCCAGGCACCACGGUGAAGGGUGACUGCGGAAACCCUUCAGUGGGAAUCUUCUUCUUCGUCAUGUACAUUAUUGUGUCUUUCCUGAUCGUGGUGAAUAUGUACAUCGCCAUCAUCCUGGAGAACUUCAGCGUUGCCACGGAAGAAAGUGCCGACCCGCUCUGUGAGGAUGAUUUCGAAUCCUUCUACGAGAUCUGGGAGAAGUUUGACCCGGACGCCUCACAGUUCAUUACCUUUGCUAAGCUCCCGGACUUUGCCGACACACUGGAGGCCCCGCUGCGUGUGCCGAAGCCCAACAUCAUUGAGCUGAUCGCCAUGGACCUACCCAUGGUGAGCGGAGAUCGGAUCCACUGUCUGGACAUCCUGUUUGCCUUUACCAAACGCGUUUUGGGUGACAGCGGGGACCUGGACAUGAUGCGGCAGCAGAUGGAGGAGCGGUUUGUGGCGGCGAACCCAUCCAAAGUCUCCUAUGAGCCUAUCACCACCACAUUACGUCGGAAGCAGGAGGAGGUGUCUGCAGUGGUCAUCCAGAGGGCGUACCGGGCCCAUCUGGUGAACCGUGGCUUCAUCUGCAAACGCCGACCAGCCAAUAACAAACUAGAGAAUGGAGGGACGAAUCAGGAGAAGAAAGAGGGCACCCCCUCCACGGCGUCUCUGCCCUCAUAUGACAGCGUGACUAAACCGGAGAGAGAGAAACAGGACGACAACAACGAGGGCAAGGGUGGUAAGGAGAAAGGCCGAAACCAAAAAGACGUCAGGGAAUCCAAGUGUUAG